CAAAAACGCAUCGUAUUCUUUCACAUUUUUGCAUCACAUUCGUUUCCUUGAAUCCCUCUGUUAGAGAGAGAGAGAGAGAGAGAGAGAGUCAUAGAGAGAGAAUGUUCCAUGCUAAGAAACCUUCAAGUAUGAAUGGUUCAUAUGAGAACAGAGCUAUGUGCGUUCAAGGCGAUUCAGGCCUUGUCCUCACCACCGACCCUAAACCACGUUUGCGUUGGACCGUCGAACUCCACGAGCGUUUCGUAGACGCCGUUGCUCAGCUCGGCGGCCCUGACAAAGCGACUCCAAAGACGAUUAUGAGAGUUAUGGGUGUGAAGGGUCUUACUCUUUACCACCUUAAGAGCCAUCUUCAGAAAUUUAGGCUUGGAAAGCAGCCGCACAAGGAGUAUGGCGAUCACUCCACAAAGGAAGGUUCAAGAGCUUCUGCCAUGGAUAUUCAGCGCAACGUAGCGUCGUCUUCUGGCAUGAUGAGUCGCAACAUGAAUGAGAUGCAAAUGGAAGUGCAGAGAAGGUUGCACGAACAGCUAGAGGUACAGAGACAUUUGCAGCUGAGAAUUGAAGCACAAGGAAAGUACAUGCAAUCUAUAUUGGAGAGAGCUUGUCAAACCCUAGCCGGUGAGAACAUGGCAGCCGCCUCCGGGGGAGGGUUCAAAGGCAAUUUGGGAAGUUCGAGUCUUUCCGCAGCUAUGGGUCCACAUCCUCUUAGUUUCCCGCCAUUUCAGGACCUAAACAUUUAUGGAAACACAACCGAUCAAGUCCUUGACCAUCAUAACUUUCAUCAUCAGAACAUAGAGAAUCAUUACACGGCCAACAAUGCUGCAGACACCAACAUUUACUUGGGAAAGAAGCGACCAAACCCUAGUUUUGGUAACGAUGUAAGGAAAGAACUCUUAAUGUGGUCUAAUCAAGAUAACGAACCAAUCGAUGACGAGCACAGGAUCCAGAUACAAAUGGCUACACAUGUCUCAACGGAUUUGGAUUCUCUGUCAGAAAUUUACGAAAGAAAACAAGGUUUAUCAGGUGAUGAAGGAAAUAAUUGUGGGAAAUUAUUGGAAAGGUCAUCGCCUCGAAGAUCACCGUUGAGCCCUAUGAUGAACCCUAAUAGUGGGUUAAUACAAGGAAGGAACUCACCAUUUGAGUGA